AUGGAAUUUUAUGAAGCUAAUUGGCCUGCCUUUUCAAAAUCCCUAGACUAUAACAUCAGGUGGAUCGACCCAACAGUGAAUAACUAUGAACGCUUCAUUUGCACGGUUAAGGGAACUGCAAAACGUUAUAUCCCCCGAGGCUACAGAUACAAAUAUAUUCCCUGCUGGAAUGAGGAAAGCGACAGACUGUACGCAGAGUAUCAAAGGAAUGGCCAAGCAGAAACCGCGGACAAACUCUUAGGAUCGCUAGCUAAAGGACGCGAGGACCGUUGGACUGAAACUGUAGAACGUCUAGAUUUCAAACACUCUAGCCGUGAACCUGAAAUAAAACCUAAUGCAUUUGCGAAUCGACUAAUAGAAACGUCAAGAGCCAAAAUCGAUAAAGAUAUAUCAAGGAAACUAUGA